AUGGCCCUCCGGGUCCUCAUCCUCAGCGUCCUGGUGGCCCUCGGCCACUCCAAAGCUAUUGUCACCAACAAAUGCCGGAAGGACGUCUAUAUUUGGUCAGUACCUGAAAAGGCAGACCUUGCAAACAACCUCUCCAUAAGCCCUGGAAAGAGGUAUGAGGAGCCCUGGCGCUCUGGCACCACCGUCAUUCCUGGUGUCGCCAUAAAGAUCUCCACUGAACGUGAUGGCAUCUACACGGGUAAGGGCGAGAUCAACUUCCAGUACGAUGUCGACUCGUCCGAUGCCAACAAGAUCUGGAUCGACCUCGCCACGGUUCGCGGGAAUGACUUCGAUACCGCUACCUUGAACACCUGCCGUGGCAGUUUCAAGAGUUCAGACGUGCCCACCCAGCAGUGUUCGAGCACCGACGACAUCGAGCUAGUUCUUUGCGGCUCGGAGCGUACAGUUCCCUCUCUAGAUACCACACCUGUCCGUGUCAUCUCGAACUGUAUCGGCCUCCUCGCCGAACGCGACGAUCCGCUCCACCCUCGCAUGUGCAGCGCCCGCGUUGUGGGUCCGAAGCGAAUGCCAAUGUUGUCCGAGGAUGAGGAAAGCCAGUGGCUUGUUGAACGCGUCGAUACGGUACCUCUCAAGACCGUGAUGCGUCUCGAAGCGGCCAAGCAUGCUGCCUCCCAGGAUGCCGAAGCCCAUACCGCUCCUCGCGCCCGAAACACCGGCGCCGUAAAGGCAGACACGGUUAUGGAGAAUUCGGUCAGCUCGGGACCUAUGUGCAACCUUCUUCAUGAGGCUUGGCCUGACGCUCAAUGCGACGAGAAGAUGGCUCAACACAAUGCGAAGCUCUUCUACCAAGACAACUGCGGCGAAAAAACCAAGUAUAUGUUCCCUGGAGCCAGUUGCGAAGCUAUUCGACACCAGAUGGAGCAGAUAUAUCCGGGUGUAGUGGAAAAACGUGACAACCACGUUACCAUGUGCAUCAACAAGUAUUACCCAUGGUUUGAGAAGUUCUGGGGCUCGAGGGAUACCGUCAAAUCAGUCCUCAACAAUCACGGUGACCCACUGUUUCCAGAUCGUUCUUGGACUUCGGACGAGGAGCUUUGUCAAAAGCCGAACAAGACAGUCUCUCCUGUUCUCAAGGAUGGAAAGCACCGAUUCAAGCGUUGUGUCAAACCCUUUUGUCACAAAGGAUAUCGCCUGCCAGGUGACUGCAGUGAUGUGGAGGACGAGCUCGAGAAACUUUCGAAGGACGCUGGCUGGGAAGUCGACUGGACGAGCGAAGAUGAGGUAUGCGGGGACAAGCGUGCUGCGACCGAAAAGCGCGAUGUCAACGCCACGCCCCCAACGAAGCACGGCCACCGAAUCACUUGCGUCGAGCCCGCGUACAAAUUGCUCCGUCAUUUCCCUCCAUGGGGUAGCAAACGUGCUGUAAAAGAGUUUCUCAAUAACGGUGGCCCAUACAACUUGUUCCACGAUGUCUCUUUCACAUCAGACGAGGAGCAAUGCCGUGGUUUGGACAACCCUAUCGACCUGGUAAAGCCAAUUGGGAAUCAGCCCUGCGUCAGACCUUGGUGCGACCACGGAUCCUGCAGUGAACUUAGAGACGCGCUCAAUGUUGUUUCCAGACAAGCUGGCAAGGACGUCAGCUGGACCACUGACGACAGUGCGGACCUUGGGGACGAGCAUUGUCAAUACGAUGGGUCCGCGCUCACACGGCGUCAAAUAGGUAACGCUACCUAUGGUAUUGGUCACCGCUGGAAUGACAUCCGCAAAGUUUGCAUCACUACGGCCAACGAGAAGCUCGGCAAAUACUGGGGAGCCAACGAAACCGAAGAACGCGUCCGAGAGCUCUUUUCAGGUGUUCGCUGGACCACGAACCUCGACGAUUGCUCGCCACAAGCCAUUGCUGAAUCCCGGGCCUAUCAUCGCAAGCUCAUUGACAAGAAGCAGCACAAGGAGAAGAAGUGUGUUGUGGGUUGCCAGGGCAAAGCUUGCAAGCGCGUCAAGAAGGAGCUCAACAUGCUUUCGACGGACGUUGGUCAGAAUUGGAGCUGGACGGACGAUGAAAAGGUCUGUACCAGUAACGUCACCUUUGGCUCGCAAGGCCCUGAGGUGUCAAGAUGUGUUGUAGGCGAGAAUGCGAUCAGGAAACUCUUCACGUACUGGGGAGAUGUACACGACGACGUCAUGAGGGAGAUUUACCCGAACAUCGAUUGGACGACAGAUGAGGAGUGCGAUCUACCGUACGACAUGGCUGCAAGGAAGUGGCUUCGUGAUCAUCGCGUGAAAGGGAAGCGGCCCCAACGUUGCGUCAACCCUUACUGCAAGCCCUUCGAGGCAGACUGCAGCGACGUCGAAGACCAACUCGAGGAAAUAUCGAAGAACCUCGGCCAUGAGAUCGACUGGACAACGGAUGAUGACGCCUGCCCCAAGGUCGCGCCCGAUGUGUUUGUAGCCUACCCUUCAGAGGUUUGCAUGCUAGAGAACUGCCGGAUCCACAACCUUUCCAAUGACGAAUGUGAGGAGGCAGCGGAGUUGGCGGAAGAGCUGUCGCUUGAAUUCUUUGGAACACGCGUCAGUUUCAGUGUCGAUGGACCCGCCUGUCUUGGAGUGAGGGCCAACGAACUCCCUCACUUGCCUCUGUCCACCAAGGCAAAGCGAGGGUCCCACAAAGUUUGUCGUAAGGAGCUUUGUCGUCGUUCAGACCACAUCGAUUACGAUUGCAAGAAGAUUGAGCACAACCUUGGACGUUUCUUGAACAAGACAAUGCAGAUGGACGUCGAGUUCACAGAUGACCACGAUGUCUGCGGUAUUGUACUUGCACGCACAUCCUUUGAGGAUCCUACGAUUUCCGCUUAUAACACUUCAAUGUCUUUGGUUUGCUCGAAAGCAUACUGCGCCCCGCGUAUUCCUGGAGUCGACUGCGCUGUCGUCCACCGAGACUUUGGGAUGAUGUUCCAGAUCGAAGCUGUCCCACCCACGGUCGGCGAUGCGACAAGCGAUCACGUUUGCCGCGACGAACCCUUCCUUCGUCUACCCGUUGUCAGGGACCAGUCGCGUCGGCAGAAGGUAUGCGUGAGAGACUUAUGCACGCUUUCCGAGUCCAAGUACGGUAAGAAGUGCGAUGCGGUCGUCCCUCUUAUCGAGCGAUACUAUAGGGGCGCCCACGACGUCGAUAUCGCCGCCUCCAUCGAUGAUGAUGUCUGUGGCAAGGAGACCGGUCAUUAG